AUGUCUCAAGUUUUAGCUUCCGGCAAAUUGUCAAUGUUCGCUGAAGAUUUAAAGUGCUACAAAAUAAUAAAAUCAUUGGCCGAUACUGCCAUCCUUCAAAACGACCUAACUUCGCUUUAUUCGUGGUCUACCGUAAAUGAACUCCGGUUCCAAUCAUCGAAAUCUCAUAAUUUACGUAUUAGUAGGGAGAAGACCAGUCGGCCAGAACGACUUUACACUCUCGAUGGAAAUGAACUUGAAAUAGUAAUUAAGGAAAGAGAUCUUGGUGUAACUAUAGCGAAAGAAUUAAAGUGGAACGAGCAUAUCAAAUUAAUCGUGUCCAAAUCAAACAGAAUGCUUGGAUUCUUGAAGAGAAAUUGUUUUGUUAAAAUGCUGAAAAAGACUCUAACAUUACUGUAUACCUCGUUGGUAAGGUCACAUGUUUGUUUUGCUAAUUCGGAAGUCUGGGCUCCACAAUCUACAAUCAGGGAUAUAUUAUUAGUUGAAAAAACCCAACGACGAGCCAUCAAGUUUAUAUGUAGAUCUGCAAACCUUAGUUACAAAGACCGUUUAAUUCAGCUUAAAUUAUUGCCGCUUAAUUACUGGUUGGAAUAUCUGCAUGGACCUUAUAUUUUUCUUCAAGUGCAAGUCUGAACGUAUUCAUCUAGAUUUAAACAAUUACGUCUCUUAUUGCAAUUCAAACACUGCAUGGGCAUGGUAUUACUUCCUUGUGUCUGAAUGUGCAGCAUGCACGGACAAGUUUGUUUCGGGACUCUUUCUUUAAUCGAAUUUCAAAUCUUUGGAAUGCAAUUCCAGACAAUAUUAAAGCUGAAAGUUCAGUCAACUCUUUUAAAGAGUCUUAAAACUUUUUUUUACCAGACUCUUCCAAGUUUUUGACGGCAACAACAUACAUUCUUCUAAACUGAUAUAUAUGUCCUAAAUGUCGCCAAAUUAACCCUUUGACCGUUUGCACUUGUUAAUCUUUAUGGUGUAAAUAUGUAUAUUGUAUGUGGGUG